AUGUCGGUGGCCCGACUCUCAACUGAGAAUGACGGCCGUGAGUCGAAGAGAGCCAAGGGGAUGGCUUCACCGUUACUAGGAUUCUCGGAUGAGGAUAAGAUUGGAACUAUUCAAUCCCACGACGAUGCUCUAGUCGUCACGCUCAGGAUUGGGGGAUAUGACAUCAAGAGGAUAUUAGUCGAUCAAGGUAGCACUGUAGAGGUGAUGUACCCCGACCUAUUCAAGGGGCUGAAACUAAGGCCCGAAGACCUGACGGGAUACGACUCCCCUUUAGUAAGCUUCGAAGGGAAAACCGUUAUUUCGAGAGGCCAGAUUAGACUGCCCAUACAAACUGGCUCGAACAUAGUAGAGGUGGACUUCAUAGUGGUGGAUGCAUAUUCGCCCUACACCGCCAUUGUAACUAGACCUUGGCUUCAUGCCCUAGGGGCUGUUUCCUCUACCUUGCCCCAAAGGGUGAAGUACCCGUUGGAGGGUUGA